UUCACGGAUUCCGUCCAGCUGGACUGCGGAAAUGCACGUGGGUUCUAGUUGUUUCUUUCUGGAAGGUGCUGACGUUAAACUCAGCAUGUUAACAGCUUAAACAAAACAUAUUUUGAUAUUUUUACCGUAGAACGGGCAAAUCCGGAAUGAGUUAAUUUAGUAACCUUAUAUCGCCAAAGUGAAUGGAUUUUACUUUCAGCUGGUCUCCUGGGCAUGGAUGACGUGUGAUUGUUUAUCAGAUUAUUUUUCAUGAUUUAUUUGCGCGCAUAUCGCGAUUUUCUUUUGUACAAGAUAAUGCUGACCAGACGUAUAAUGCAAAAGAAGUGGAGACUUGGAUUGUCAACUGCCCUCUGGCUUGUCAGUGUUCAUCUCAUAUGUGCCCACAAUGAGAAGUCACCAACAGCCCUGUCUAUCAAAGAAGACUCUGAUGAUCAUAGCAAGGGUGAAGAGACACUAUUAGAGGAUGAGGAUUCUGAAGACUUAGAGGUGUUUAGACCUACAGACAAGUGGCAGACUCUCAAACCAGGUCAAGCAGUUCCAGCAGGCUCUCAUGUCAGGUUGAAUCUUCAGACGGGCCAAAGAGAGGUCAAGAUGGGAGAGGAAGAAGGUCUCAAAUACGGGAGAGAUGGAAAUAGGCUAGGGAUGAUGAACAUGCACAGCCCGUCAUUCACAGCUGAGGAGUUGAAAGAGUCUUUGAAAAAGUUUAAAGAAGGAAUGGAUGAUCCUGUGGACUCAAAACAAGAUGAGAAUGCAGUGAGGGCUCAAUUUCGCCCCAUCGAAGAGCUGAAAAAAGACAUGGAGGCACUCGACAUGCUUGUGGAAACAGAUGUUCAAGUUAUGAGGAGGCUUUUAAACCAAUUUAAUAAUACCAACGGCACAACUGAGGAAAAAAUCACAGCUCUUCUUGACUUGGAGUACCUUGUGCACCAGGUAGAUAAUGCCCAGAAUUUGGUGUCCAUGGGAGGAAUGCAACUGGUUAUAAAUGUUUUAAACAGUACAGACAUUCGUCUCCAAGAGAGUGCUGCGUUUGUGCUUGGAUCUGCUGUUUCAAGUAAUCCAUCAGUGCAAGUUGAGGCAAUAGAAGGCGGCGCGUUACAGAAACUGUUGACAUUGCUUGCCACUCAGCGACCAAUAACAGUAAAGAAAAAGGUGUUAUUUGCUGUGGCCUCACUUCUGCGUCACUUCCCAUUUGCACAAAGUCACUUUUUGAAACUUGGUGGUGUGCAGGUGCUUAGCGAACUGUUUCAAACACCAGGGACGGAACCUCUGCGUGUUAGAAUCAUCACGGUUCUCUAUGAUAUGAUCAUUGAGAAGGUUAAUAUUUGUUUAUAAGCUUAAACCUUGCUAC